AUGAAGGCCAUUCUCAGCAACCAGACUGUCAACAUUCUAGAAAAUGUUGGUGUCAUGCUGAAGGGAGACACAAUUAUUGUGAAGGGCCACAGAAGAACAUUGCAGGGGGACUUCAAUCGCAUCAAUGUAGAGCUCAUUCUCCUUGGAAAGAAAAAGAAGAGGCUUCAAGUUGGGAAACGGAGAGUGGGUCUCUGGUUGAUCCAAAAUUUCUUUGGUGAAGAAUACAUCUGCGGGGUUCGGAUGAGGCCAGGUGUUACUUGUUCAGUAUCUCAAACCCAGAAAGAUGAAUUAAUUCUUGAAAGAAAUGACAUUGAACUUGUAUCAAAUUUAGCUGCUUUGAUUCAGCAAGACAAAACAGUUAAAAAGAGGGAAAUCAGAAAAAUUUUGGAUGACAUCUAUGUUUCUGGAAAAGGAACAGUUUAG